AUGAAAAUUUUCUUUGCUAUCACUUUCUGCGUCCUCCUCGUCGUUUCCUUGGCUAGCGCCAACGACGGAAAUCAGGAACAGUGAGUUUCCACAGUUUCAUCGUUUUUUUGUUGAUAAUAAAUCUGUUUUUUUGAAGAAAAAUGGAUGAAAUCAAGAAAAAGCUUUCAGUGAGAGACCGAAACGCCAGUGGGGCUAUGGAAUGGGCUACGGAAUGGGAAUGUACCGUCCAUGGGGCAUGUACGGUAUGUACGGCAUGUACCGUCCGUGGGGAAUGAUGCCUUUCAUGAUGGGUCGAUAA